AUGCGUCUCCUCGCCGCCCUCCCACUUUUUGCUCUCCUCGCUGUUGCUGUGCCCAGUCCUAAAGGGCAGGAGCUGGAACAGCGCGAAACGGGCGGCUGCUGUGUCAUGGGAACUUGCCAAUGUGACAUCUACGGGGUCCCUCUGGAGCUAGAACAGCGCGAAUCGGGCGGCUGCUGUGUUAUGGGAACUUGCAAAUGCGACAAGGACGGGGUCGCUCUGGAGCUGGAACAGCACGAAACGGGCGGCUGCUGUGUCAUGGGAACUUGCAAAUGCGACAAGGACGGGGUCCCUCUUGAUGAGAAAUGA